ACUACUUUGCCUUUUAGAUCAUACAUAUACUUCGGCUUGGUUCCCUAAUAUAGUUAUUUAUAAUCAUUUCGUUUGCCUUGUAUUCCAGCAGUCAUCAGUGAUCGCGUGCAUAGCCAAGAAGUAUCAUAAAACAGUGCUUUACAAAUUCCAAGUUCAAAAAGAGCCCUAGAGCCAGUUUUAUAUAAACUCAAUAGAUACAUUUUUGUUCCAAAUGGAUAAUCUGUCGAUAUUUUUGUGGUUUGUGGUCUCGCUGAUUUGCUUCAUCCUGGUUUCAUUUAAGAAGCGGUACUCAUAUUGGAAGGAUCGCGGAGCAGCAUACGUAGAGCCCACCAUUCCCCUUGGCAAUUUACCUUUGCUAAAAGUGCACUUCAAAGAUACUACGGACCCAAUUUAUAAGCAGAAGAAGCCCGGAGCUCCAUUCAUGGGGGCUUAUUUUUUCCGAACUCCUGUUGUUAUAGCAACUGACCUCGACUUUAUACAAAGAGUUCUUGUUAAAGACUUUAGCAGUUUUAAUGGACGCGGAAUAUAUAUAAACGAAAAGGAUGAUCCUCUUUCCGAAAAUAUGUUCUCUUUGGAUGGUGACAAAUGGAAGUCUUUACGUGCAAAAUUUUCACCUGUGUUCACGUCUGGAAAAAUGAAAUUCAUGUUCACUACCGUUGUGGAUGUUGCCGAUCGACUUAACUCCACGCUAUCAGAAACACUGAAGGCAAAAUCAGAAGUGGAGGUGCGGGAUUUAUUGGCCAGAUUCACGACCGACGUUAUAGGAACCUGUGCAUUCGGAAUUGAAUGCGAUACCCUAAAAAACCCGAAUUCCAAAUUCCGUCAUUAUGGUUCCAAAAUAUUUGAAGAACCACUUCACGGACCACUGAUGGGAUUGCUCAUGAUACAAUACCCGAACUUCGCAAGGAAGCUUCGCCUCAGGCUUGUGCAGAAAGAAGUUGAAGACUUCUUCAUGGAUUUAGUGCGCGGAACUAUCGAUUACCGGGAACAGAAUAAUAUCAGACAAAAUGACUUUAUGGACCUUUUGAUACAAUUAAAAAAUGGAGAAUUUUUGGAUGGACAUUCUCAGAAAUUAGGACGAAUAACUUUUGGGGAGAUAGUGGCACAAGCAUAUUUGUUUUUCCUUGCGGGUUUUGAAACAUCUUCUUCGGUCAUGGUAUUCAGUUUGUAUGAGCUUGCGUUGAAUCCAGAUAUUCAGGAAAAGGCACGCCAGGAGGCUGAAACUAUUCUUAGUAAAUAUGAGGGAAAACUUACUUAUGAAGCUGUGAAAGAGGCGGAGUAUCUGGAUCAGAUAAUUAGCGAAUCUCUUCGCAAAUAUCCGGUAGCUGUGAAUCUAAUACGCCAAGCAAUUCGCGACUAUCCUGUACCAGGAACAAAAGUAAUUAUUGAAAAGGGAACAACAGUUUUGAUUCCAGUUUAUAGUAUCCACCAUGAUCCAGAAAUAUUCCAUAGCCCAGACGUUUUCAACCCAGAUCGAUUUGCACCAGAGCAGAUAAAAGCUCGUCAUCCAGUAUCUUUUUUGGGAUUUGGAGAAGGUCCUCGGAACUGUAUCGGAUUACGAUUUGGACGAAUGGAGUCAAAAAUCGGGUUAAUUACACUUUUGAAGAACUAUCAAUUUAAACCGUGUUCGAAAACUUCGAUUCCAAUGGUUUUUGCUGAAGGAAAACCAAUUUUAACACCAAAGUUUGGAGUAUAUUUACAGGUUGAAAAGUUAUAACUUGAUUACUUUAUGAUAUGAUUAGGGAACAAAAUGGUGGGUUACCACAUAAAGUUUGAUAUUUUUCAAAAUACAUUACAUGGGUAAAAUAUUUUCUUAGAAGUUCGCUUAUUGUACUCGCAGUUUAGCGGAAAUAUUGUUAAAUGACUGUUUCUUG